AUGUACAGCAACACAUCAGGUGAAGCAGGUCUCGAUAUCUACAGCAACACAUCAGAGGACAGUAACCUCCCUAAAGAGGACAGUAACCUUCGUAAAGAGGACAGUAACCUCCGUAAAGAGGACAGUAACCUCCUUAAAGAGGACAGUAACCUCCGUAAAGAGGACAGUAACCUCCCUAAAGAGGACAGUAACCUCCCUAAAGAGGACAGUAACCUCCCUAAAGAGGACAGUAACCUCCUUAAAGAGGACAGUAACCUCCUUAAAGAGGACAGUAACCUCCGUAAAGAGGACAGUAACCUCCCUAAAGAGGACAGUAACCUCCCUAAAGAGGACAGUAACCUCCGUAAAGAGGACAGUAACCUCCUUAAAGAGGACAGUAACCUCCGUAAAGAGGACAGUAACCUCCGUAAAGAGGACAGUAACCUCCCUAAAGAGGACCGUAACCUCCGUAAAGAGGACAGUGACCUCCGUAAAGAGGACAGUGACCUCCGUAAAGAGGACAGUAACCUCCGUAAAGAGGACAGUAACCUCCCUAAAGAGGACAGUAACCUCCGUAAAGAGGACAGUGACCUCCGUAAAGAGGACAGUAACCUCCGUAAAGAGGACAGUAACCUCCCUAAAGAGGACAGUAACCUCCCUAAAGAGGACAGUAACCUCCGUAAAGAGGACAAGGACAGUAACCUCCUUAAAGAGGACAGUAACCUCCCUAAAGAGGACAGUAACCUCCGUAAAGAGGACAGUAACCUCCCUAAAGAGGACAGUAACCUCCUUAAAGAGGACAGUAACCUCCGUAAAGAGGACAGUAACCUCCCUAAAGAGGACAGUAACCUCCUUAAAGAGGACAGUAACCUCCGUAAAGAGGACAGUAACCUCCGUAAAGAGGACAGUAACCUCCGUAAAGAGGACAGUAACCUCUGUAAAGAGGACAGUAACCUCCCUAAAGAGGACAGUAACCUUCGUAAAGAGGACAGUAACCUCCCGAAAGAGGACAGUAACCUCCGUAAAGAGGACAGUAACCUCCGUAAAGAGGACAGUAACCUCCCGAAAGAGGACAGUAACCUCCCUAAAGAGGACAGUAACCUCCGUAAAGAGGACAGUAACCUCCGUAAAGAGGACAGUAACCUCCGUAAAGAGGACAGUAACCUCCCUAAAGAGGACAGUAACCUCCCUAAAGAGGACAGUAACCUCCCUAAAGAGGACAGUAACCUCCGUAAAGAGGACAGUAACCUCCCUAAAGAGGACAGUAACCUCCCUAAAGAGGACAGUAACCUCCGUAAAGAGGACAGUAACCUCCCUAAAGAGGACAGUAACCUCCGUAAAGAGGACAGUAACCUCCUUAAAGAGGACAGUAACCUCCCUAAAGAGGACAGUAACCUCCGUAAAGAGGACAGUAACCUCCGUAAAGAGGACAGUAACCUCUGUAAAGAGGACAGCUACAACAAAAGAUAA